AUGAGGCUGAGGGCGGCGGCGGAGGAGGCAGUGAAGAGCAUCGGACUGGGUUACGAUUUGACGCUGGACCUCCGUUUGAAGUACUGCAAAAGGGAGCAGAGUAGGCUGAUCGCCAUGGACGACGACCUGGUCAGGGAUAUCGCUGUUCCGGGGGGUAUUUUGGUCCAAAAUGUACCCAAGCCUAUCAAUUGUGAUAAAGGCGAUCGCACGCGCUUCAGCUCUGAUGUUAUACCCUUUCAGCAGAUGUCAGAACAGUUCAACCAGGAAUUAUCACUUUCAAGUAAAAUUCCGACAGGACAUCUGAAUGCAGCGUUUGAGCUCACGGGUUGUUGGCAGAAAGAUGCCGCCUUCACGAAAUCCCUUGCUUUUGAUGGGGUUUUCAUCACCCUCUACAGCAUUGCAUUAGAAAAGUCCCAAUUAAUGCUUAGAGAUCAUGUUAAACAAGCUGUGCCAUCAAUGUGGGACCCAGCUGCACUGGCAAGAUUUAUCGAGAAUUACGGUACCCAUGUAGUUGUUGGCGUAAAGAUGGGGGGAAAGGAUGUUAUAUAUGUAAAGCAGCAUUAUUCGUCAUUUCUCCAACCCAUUGAGGUACAAAAGAAGUUGAAAGAUGUUGCCGACAGGAUGUUUACUGAUGUGAGUGGACAAUCCGACCGACACCCUGAGAAAGCUUAUGGCAAAGAAAAGGAUGCAACUAAUGAGAAAGGACUUGGACUAUUGGAUCCUAGCGGGUCAAGUUUCCACUCUAGCCAAGAGGAAGUUACUUUCUUCUGGAGGAGGAGAGGUGGAAGCAACAGUAGGGAUAUGCCUCAUAGUAAGUGGUGUCAAACUGUUCAGACCGAACCUGAAGUAAUCUCAAUGACUUUCAUUCCAAUUUCAUCACUCUUGAGCGGAAUAGAUGGGAGUGGUUUCUUGGGUCAUGCCAUCAAUCUAUAUUUGCGCUAUAAGCCACCUAUUGAAGAACUUCAUCAGUUUUUAGAAUUUCAACUUCCCAGGCAAUGGGCACCAGUAUUCGGUGAAGUCCCUAUUGGCCCUGACAGAAAGCAGCAAGGCACUGCAUCUUUGAAGUUCAGUUUGAUGGGUCCCAAGCUUUACGUAAAUACUGAUGAGGUCGAUGCUGGAAAUAAACCCGUGACCGGCUUGCGUCUCUACCUGGAAGGAAAAAGAAGCAACUGCCUGGCAAUACACUUGCAGCACCUCUCCUCCUCCCCUGAAAGCUUCUGCCUUCAAAACGAGCCACGUGGCGGACAAAACAACUCCUCUGACCGCAGAUACUUUGAGAAGGUCCACUGGAGGAGCUUCUCGCACGUAUGCACGGCUCCAGUUGAGUCAGACGAUGAACUCUCCAUAGUCACUGGGGCCCGCUUCGAGGUGAAGGACUCCGGUGCAAAGAAUGUCCUCUUUUUGCGCCUCCACUUCUCUAGAGUUGAGGGCGCUGCGGUUGUGAAGAAGCCCGAGUGGGAUGGGUCCCACGCCCUGACCCAAAAAUCGGGCCUCAUAUCGUCUUUGUUUAGUGGAAAUUUCUCGACAGGGCAGAAGCCCGGUCCGAACCCAUCGGAUGUGAACGUCAACUCGGCUUUGUAUCCGGAAGGCCCACCAGUGCCUGCCCAGACGCUUAAGCUCUUGAGGUUUGUGGACACGAAAGAGAUGACGAGAGGAGCCCAGCACUCGCCGGGUUACUGGGUCGUGUCGGGGGCUAGGCUCGUGGUUGACGGUGGGAAAAUAUCUCUUCGCGUUAAGUAUUCUCUGUUGGCUGUGAUUUCUUGUUGA